GCAGCCAGGAAGCAGAUGCGAAGCUAAUCUGUUUGCUUCUGCCUGUGGCACACAAAAAAAACCUUUUUGAGCGUGACAACGUUUCGGACAUUGAGGUUUCGUUGAAACUAACAUCCUGUUAUCCUUUUAAAAAAAAAAAAAUGUCGACUGAUGUUACUGUCAUUUCGCGAGCAAAACUCGCGAUAUACUCUGUGCUAAUUAGCAUGUAGCACAGUGGUGUUUUUCUUUGUUUAUGUGUGGGCUAUUUUGCGGCAGGGCUUAUUUUAAUGACAUUUUUCCAGCUACAACCCUCACUAAACUCGCCAAAAAAGGCUAACAGGCCUCCUCAGCCACCAUGGGCACAGCCUCCUCCCUGGUCAGCCCCGGCGAGGUGAUCGAGGACGGCUACGGGGGCGAGGGCGGCGAGGCGUGCGAGAUCCCCGUGGAGGUGAAGCCCAAAGCCCGGCUCCUGCGCAGCUCCUUCCGCCGGGGACCUCGGGUGAUCGGGGCCAGCUUCAAGUCGACGGGCUCCGUGGACCUCGAGUACGCCGCCGAGUACGAGCGGCUGCGGAAGGAGUACGAGAUCUUCCGCGUGAGCAAGAACAACGAGAUCACGUCCAUGCAGAAGAAGGAGGCCAAGCUGGACGAGGAGAAUAAGAGGCUGAGGGCUGAGCUACAGGCCUUACAGAAGACCUAUCAGAAGAUCCUGAGAGAGAAGGAGAGCGCCCUGGAGGCCAAGUACCAAGCCAUGGAGAGGGCUUCCACCUUUGAGCAUGACAGGGAUAAAGUGAAAAGACAAUUCAAGAUCUUUCGGGAGACAAAGGAGAAGGAAAUCCAGGAUCUCCUUCGUGCCAAGAGGGACUUGGAAUCCAAAAUGCAACAACUGCAAGCUCAGGGCAUCCAGGUUUACUAUCCCAAUGAUUCCGAUUCAGAUGACAACCAAACAACUGUGACUGCAGCGGGCACCCAGUGCGAGUACUGGACUGGGGGUGUGCUGGGAAGUGAGCCCUCUAUGGGCAGCAUGAUGCAGCUGCAGCAGACAUUCCGGGGACCGGAGUUCGCCCAUAGCCUCAUCGACGUGGAGGGCCCCUUCGCAAAUGUGAGCAGAGACGACUGGGAUGCUGCGGUGGCCAGUCUGCUGCAGGUGUCCCCCCACGUGCCUCAAGCCUUGUGGAGCAACACUGUGCGCUGCUACUUCAUCUGCACACCGGAGACCAAAGCUGAGAUGGAAAUCUUUACCAAGAAACACUCUCUGGUGCUGAGGAGGCUGUGUGAAGGUCUGGGACACUUCUACCUGAACAUCUGCUUCCACGAAGACAACGCCGCCUCCUUCGCGUCGGCGCGCAAACAGGAGAUCGAGAGGAGCUCAGUGUGCGUGCUUCUUCUCAAAUCCACCAUCAACAGCUCCGUGGUAGAGGAUUGCGAGGAGGCCUUUGUGAAGAAUCCAGACGGACAUCCAUUAGUGCUCUACCUCAGGACCGAAGGAGAUGGGAGUUUGUCAGGGCCCACCAGGAAGCUUCUGGAAAGGGUUAACGCAGCGGACAAGGCUGCUAAAAUAAAGGUUUUGGAUCAUAGCGGUUCUGCAGAAGACGGGGCCAGCCUCAUUUCUGCUCAGCUGGACAAAGUCAUCAAACAGGAGUUACUCGGUUUCGAAGGAGCAGAUGCUGACCCAAAGGACUCCGGGAUUGACGAGGGUCGCGAGGAAGACUCCGGCGACGUCCUGUGGGACCUUCAUGAUGAGCAGGAGCAGAUGGAGUCGUACCAGCAGGCGUGCAGCAGCACCAGCUCCCAGCUGGGCUUCCAGAAGUACGUGGACCGGCUCAACGACAUGAUCGCCGCCCCUCCUCCGACGCCGCCUCUGCUGGUGUCGGGCGGUCCGGGUUCGGGAAAGUCCCUUCUCCUCGCCAAAUGGAUCGAGCUGCAGCAGAAGCAGUCGCCCAACACUUUGUUCCUCUACCAUUUCGUCGGGCGCCCUUUUUCCUCCAGCUCUGAGCCCGUCCUCAUCAUCAAGCGCCUCACGGUUAAACUGCUGCAACAUUUCUGGUCCAUUUCGGGCUUGUCCAUGGAGCCCAGCAAGAUCCUGGAGGAGUUUCCGCGCUGGCUCGAGAGGCUCUCGGCGCGCCACCAGGGCAACAUCAUCAUCAUCAUCGACUCCAUUGACCAAAUACAGCAAGCAGAAAGACAUAUGAAGUGGCUGAUUGACCCGCUGCCCGUCAAUGUCAGAGUGGUCGUGUCUGUCAACGUGGAGACGUGUCCCCAAGCGUGGAGGUUGUGGCCCACUCUUCACUUGGACCCGCUGAGUCCCAGGGAGGUCAGGAGCGUGGUGAUCGCAGAGUGCCUAAGCGCGGACCUCCAACUCACCAAGGAUCAGGAGAAGAAGUUGGAAAGGCACUGCCGCUCAGCGUCGACCUGCAACGCUUUGUACGUCACACUACUCGCCAGGAUGAGCACCAGUGGAUGGUCGUUGGAGAAGAGCCUCGAUCAGUGCCUGCAGUGUCAGGACACCUUGUCACUGUACCGCCUGGUGCUCAAAAUGACGCUGGAGUCCCUCAGCUCGGACAGAGAGCGACACAUCAUGAGAGAGAUACUCUGCCUGGUGUAUUCAAGCCACAAUGGAGUGAGUGAGUCGGAGGUUCUAGAUCUUUUCCCGGAGUUGGAAUUUCGGGUGCUGGCCUCGCUGCUCUUUCGUCUGAGCCGACUCUGCGUGGUCACCCUCCACUGUGGCCUCAUCAGAUUCCAGCAUCUGCAGGCGUGGGAAGCCGUGAGGUUGGAGUUUCUGAGCGGAGGACACGGCUGCACUACAUACCGAGAGAAACUGAUCCACUACUUCAGCCAGCAACUCAGUCAUGAUCACGUGACGUGGCGUGUCGCCGACGAGCUGCCCUGGUUGCUCCAGCAGCAGGAGGACCGGACCAAACUGCAACUGAGCCUCUUGAACCUGUUUGUCUCCCAGAACCUGUACAAGAGGGGUCAUUUUUCCGAGCUGCUGGCCUACUGGCAGUAUGUGGGCAAGGACAAAAGCUCCAUGGCCACCGAGUACUUCGACUCGCUGAAGCACUACGAGAAGAACUGCGAGAGCGAGGACAGCAUGACCAAGCUGGCCAACUUGUACGAGACUUUGGGACGUUUCCUCAAAGACCUGGGCCUGCCCAGCCAGGCCGUGGCUCCUCUCCAGCGGUCGCUGGAGAUCCGAGAGACCGCCCUGGACCCCGACCAUCCUAGCGUGGCGCGCUCCCUGCACCAGCUGGCCGCCAUCUACGUCCAGUGGAAGAAGUACAGCAACGCAGAGCAGCUGUACAAGCAGGCGCUGGAGAUCAGCGAGAACGCCUACGGGGCCGAGCACGGCAGCGUGGCGCGAGAGCUGGAGUCACUCGCCGUGCUCUACCAGAAGCAGAACAAGUAUGAACAAGCAGAGAAACUGAGGAAGAGGUCCAGGAAGAUACGGCAGAAAACGGCUCACCAGAAAGGCCAUAUGUACGGCUUCACUCUGUUGCGUCGCCGGGCCCUCCAGCUCGAAGAACUCACCCUUGGGACCGACUCUGCCGACUGCGCCCGGACCCUCAAUGAACUGGGCGUGCUCUACUACCUUCAGAACAACCUGGACGCGGCCAAGGUGUUCCUGACGCGCUCGCUGGAGAUGCGCCAGCGCGUCCUGGGCCCGGAGCACCCCGACUGCGCUCAGUCCCUCAACAACCUGGCGGCGCUGCACACGGAGAGGCGGGACUACGAGGCGGCCGAGGACAUGUACGAGAGGGCGCUCGACAUCCGCAAGAGGGCCCUCUCCCCUGACCACCCCUCGCUGGCCUAUACCCUCAAACACCUGGCCAUGCUCUACAAACGCAGGGGGAAGCUAGAGAAGGCAGUGCCCCUCUACGAGCUCUCACUGGACAUCCGGGAAAAGAGUUUUGGGCCCAAACAUCCCAGCGUGGCGACGGCACUGGUCAACCUGGCGGUUAUCUACUGCCAGCUGAAGAAGCACGGCGAAGCCUUGCCCCUCUACGAACGAGCGCUCAAAGUCUACGAAGACAGCCUGGGGCGCUCGCAUCCUCGCGUCGGGGAGACGCUCAAGAACCUGGCGUUGCUCAGUUACGAGGAGGGCGAUUUCGAGACGGCAGCCGAGCUGUACAAGCGCGCCAUGGAGAUCAAGGAGGCGGAGCCGUCGCUGGCGUGCGGUAACGCGCCGUCUCGUCACUCGUCCAGCGCCGAUACGUUCAGCCUGAGGGGGCCCGUCCCCCUCCUUCAAAGCCCCAGUGCUGGGCAGUCCAAUCCCACUUUCCUGAUCCAGACACCUUCCAAAAGUUAUGUUCUGAGGAAGAAGCCACCCGGUGCGUUGCUACCGGGUGCCCACAAGGUGGAUCGUGAAUAUCGUGUCCAGAAGGCCUUGUAUUCCGCUGGAUUCCCUGUACCUCAGCCCCUCCUCCACUGCACCGACCUCAACGUCAUCGGAACAGAGUUCUACCUGAUGGAGCACGUUGUGGGCCGCAUAUUUCGGGACCUUCGUCUGCCUGGGGUGGUCCCGGCAGAGAGGGCGGCUCUGUACGUGAGAGCAGUGGAAGUUCUGGCCAAGCUGCAUUCACUGGACCUGACAUCACUGAGGCUGGACGGCUAUGGGAAAGGAGCAGGCUACUAUAGGAGACAGGUGUCCAUGUGGACCAAGCAGUACACGGCAUCAUCUCACAGAGACAUCCCUGCCAUGAAUGAGCUCUCCGCGUGGUUGAUGGGCAAUCUGCCCUCCGACGAUCAGGAAGUGACGCUGGUCCACGGAGAUUUCCGAGUGGACAACUUGGUAUUCCAUCCGACCGAGGCUCGUGUGCUGGCACUGUUGGACUGGGAGCUGUCUACCACUGGGCAGCCAAUGGCAGACCUGGGCUACUUCCUCGUACCUCACUAUUGGCCCUUAGGCCUCAACGUACUGAGCUCUAUGGGCAGCUUGAGAGAAAUAGAAGGCAUUCCCACGGUGGACGAUCUGAUCUCCGUUUACAGACGGUGCCGGGGGAUCACGUCCGCUUUGCCGCCCUUAAAUUUCUACUUGGCGCUCUCGUGCUUCAAGAUGGCAGGAAUCGCUCAGGGGGUCUAUGCGCGCCACCUACUGGGCAACUCCAGCGCUCCCAAUGCCGCUGAGUUUGGCCAGUGCGUCGAGCCACUGGCUGUGCGCGCCCUAGAGUUCGCACUGCACAGGCCUCUGGCGGCUCCGCGGGAAGCCGGGCUGUUUUUGCAGACGGCCAAUGGCCAGGCGGUGCUCCGGCAGGUGAAGGACUUCAUGAGACUGCACGUGCUUCCCGCGCAGAAGGAAGUAUCGGAAUACUACAUCAAACACGCUCAGUCCCCCCUGAGGUGGAACACCCCCCAAAUCAUAGAAGAUCUGAAGGUGAAAGCCAGGGAGGCGGGGCUAUGGAACCUCUUCCUGCCGGCGGCCAGCGGCCUCACUCAGCUGGACUACGCCUACAUCGCCGAGGAGACCGGACGCUGCCUCUUUGCUCCGGAAGUCUUUAACUGCCAGGCGCCGGACACGGGCAACAUGGAGGUGCUCCACAUGUUUGGCAGUGAGGAACAAAAGCGGACGUGGCUGGAGCCUUUGCUAAGUGGAGAGAUGCGUUCGUGUUUCUGCAUGACAGAGCCCGACGUGGCGUCCAGCGACGCGACCAACAUGGCCUGCAGUCUCCGCCGAGAGGAAGACCAAUUUGUCAUCAAGGGAAAGAAGUGGUGGAGCAGUGGCGCGGGCCAUCCUCGAUGCAAAGUGGCCAUCGUGAUGUGUAGCAGCGCCCCCGAGGAUGCCGACAGCAGCAGGCAUGCCAGACACAGUAUGAUCCUGGUGCCGUUGGACACGGCGGGUGUGAAGUUGGUCAGGCCUCUCACCGUGUUUGGACAAGACGACGCCGUCCACGGUGGCCAUUUUGAGGUGCACUUCGAAAACGUGCGCGUCCCCGCCUCCAACAUAAUUCUGGGCGAGGGGCGAGGCUUCGAGAUCGCUCAGGGUCGUCUGGGUCCGGGCCGGCUGCACCACUGCAUGAGAGCCGUGGGCCUGGCCGAGCUGGCGCUGGAGCUGCUCUGCCGGCGUGCCGUCUCCAGACGAACCUUUGGCAAGAAGCUCUACCAACAUGAGGUGGUGGCUCACUGGAUCGCAGAAUGCAGACUCGUGAUCGAGCAAACCCGCCUGCUCACACUGUGUGCCGCCCGCGCGCUCGACACGCUUGGCGGCCGAGCUGCUCGCAAACAGAUUGCGCUGAUCAAGGUGGCAGCGGGCAGGAUGGCGUGCAAAGUGGUGGACUGCGCCAUCCAAGUGUACGGAGGUGCCGGCGUCUCUGGAGACUUUCCUCUGGCGCAGAUGUAUUCCUACGCCAGAACGCUGCGUAUCACCGACGGACCAGAUGAGGUGCACUUGUCCACCAUCGCCCGUUUGGAACUGAGGGAUCAACUCGCCAAAGCCAAACUGUGAUGUCAUCAUCACGUGACUUCCCGACAAGGUCCGUCGUGUGAGUGCCGCGAUGACCGUAAAAAACAGGAAAUGGAACUUACGGUAACUUACAUUAUUUAAAUACCGCACGGCUUUCUUCAUUCCAGUGAUACCGAAAGCCCAUCUGCAAAUCACUUCAGUGUUUUCCUGGCGAACUUCUAUUCAUCCAAGUAUGACAGUUAAAAGGUACUUUAAGGGGGACCUGUCAUGGAAAAUUGUCAACUACAAAGCAGUCCAUCCGCCGUGGUUUUCCUCUUCCUUUUCAUAUCCGUCGUCCGUCAUUCCUUUCUUCGGUUUACUGCAAAUAAAAAAGAAAUAAAACAAUGUGAUCAUCCAUCAUUGGGUUGUUUUCAGAAGGGCUCACUGUUGCCGGGCGUGGUCCUGAAGUUCGGUGUUGAGAGGGUCUCUGGCAGCGGCAGA